AUGCCUGGCAGACGAGGCAGUCACAGUGCGCCACAGUGCACACACGAGCUACAAGGCCGCCUCUACCAGGUCGAGUAUGCGCUCGAGGCCAUCUCGCACGCCGGCACGGCCAUCGGCAUCCUGGCCAAGGACGGCAUCGUGCUGGCGGCCGAGCGCAAGGUGACGUCCAAGCUGCUGGAGCAGGACACGUCGGCCGAGAAGCUGUACAUUCUGAACGACAACAUGAUCUGCGCCGUCGCCGGCAUGACGGCCGACGCCAACAUCCUCAUCAACUACGCCCGCCAGGCCGCCCAGCGCUACCUGCUCACGUACAACGAGGACAUACCCUGCGAGCAGCUGGUGCGGCGGCUGUGCGACCUCAAGCAGGGCUACACGCAGCACGGCGGCCUGCGCCCGUUUGGCGUGUCCUUCAUCUACGCCGGCUGGGACCCGCAGCGCCAGUUCCAGCUGUACCUCAGCAACCCGUCGGGCAACUACGGCGGCUGGAAGGCCACGAGCGUUGGCGCCAAUAAUGCGUCGGCCCAGAGCCUGUUGAAGCAGGACUACAAGGAGGACUGCUCGCUGACCGAGGCGUGCGGCGUGGCGGUCAAGGUGCUGAGCAAGACGAUGGACUCGACGAAGCUGAGCAGCGAGAAGAUCGAGUUUGCCACUGUUGGCCAGACCCAGGACGGCAAGAUCUAUCACCGCCUAUGGAGCGCCGACGAGAUCACUGCGCUGCUGAAGGAGCACGACCUGGCCAAGGACGAGUCGACGGAGGACAAGUGA